CGACACGUCCCCACAUUUACCUUUUUCAUUACUGAUAGUAUUUUGGAACACCUUCUGCAUCAUCAAGUCUAACGCUCUCGCUUGAUAAAUUUAUGUCUGCGUUCCAGUCACCAGUUACGGGCGAGAAACGAAAGCUGCCACUCGAUACUUCAAGCAGGAAGAAAGUCGCGCUUGAGAGUACCCUCGGAGGUCCCUCGACGUGUCGUGCGAGCGGUAGUAAUGGAGGAGAGGAGUACUGGAUGAUUCAAUGGAGAUACCCCCAAUACAAGAAACACAAAACAUGGGAAGGAGAUGCCGUUCUGGUUCUCAUAGGCAUCAGAGGUUCCAUGUUCGACCUAGAAGGAAAGAUAAUGGGGGCUGGCUCCUUAAAUGCGCCCAAGGCUGAGGAAAAUGGAGAAUAUACCUUUGGAGGGAGAGAGAUCAGGAUCGAUCAUUCAAUUUCUCGUGGAGAAUACAUGUCUGGAAAAUGCUAUGGUCGAGGAAGCGCGCCAUCUCUUGCGAUGACUGACAAUAACUCCGUGAAAGCUUCUUUGCGUGUCACUCCUUUGCCAUCAACGAAGAUGAAUGUACCUUACAAGAUGCCAUUGAAAGCUAUAGACAGGAAGGCCAUCGAUCUUCAUCCUGUCAAUCUUCUGUCCACACGGGACCCCCCCUCCACAAGCUCUUUGAAAGCAAGCGCGCCAGCCACUUACUGGACUGCUAACUGGCGGAAGCCGCAGAACAAGAAGCAUAAGACCUGGGACGGCGAUGCAUUCGUUAGCCAUGUCGGUGACAAGCUCACUGUGAUAUCAGAAAAGGGGAAAAUACUUGGCCGUAAGGAAUGGGACGGACUCGCUCUACACAGCGGGUACGGCUUCAGCGCCGGUGGCAAACAAAUCGAGUUAGAUUCACAAGUGCUAGCAUCCCGAAUGCCUUCUGUCACUGGGGUAGAAGAUGCAUUACCGGAACUGGAGGAAGAUGUGCCGGCAGUGCUAUCCUCACCAUCCAAGCCCUCGUUUUUGCUUCACGUGAAGGGCGCUCUCCCUGGCAAAGAGAAUGAUAUCACAGUCGCAUCUCCAAGUGCUUCAAAAGCGUUUGUGCCCCCCGCGUCGUUUUAUGGCCAGAAACCAAAUACAAAGCCCGAUGGACCGUUGCAUGAUCCUGAAGCCGAGGGAGCAAUUGUCAUGAAAGCGACAACCUCAGAACAUGCUCAAAAGUUCAACAAGAAGAACUUGCCCAUUGUAGCAGUCGUCCUAGAUCCUAUCAUUGCAAGACAUCUUCGUCCACAUCAGAUCGAAGGCGUCAAAUUUUUGUAUGAAUGUGUCAUGGGCCUACGAAGACAUGAGGGUCAAGGGUGUAUACUCGCCGACGAGAUGGGUCUAGGGAAAACCCUGCAGACAAUUGUUCUUGUGUGGACACUUCUCAAGCAGAACCCUUACGUUGGCGCUGGGCCAGUAAUCGGCAAGGCUUUGAUUGUAUGCCCUGUAUCGUUGGUCAAUAAUUGGCGUGCUGAAUUUCACAAGUGGUUAGGGAGAGAUCGUGUUGGUGUUUUCACAGGCGACAAGGAUAAAUCCACCAUCAAGCAAUUUCUCAACUCACGGUUGCAUCAGGUUUUAGUCAUUGGCUAUGAGAAGCUUCGAACUAUCAUAGACGAUUUGGCGUAUUGCAAUCCUCCGAUUGGCUUAGUUAUUUGUGACGAAGGACACAGACUGAAGUCAUCAAACAAUAAGACCUCGACAAUGUUUAAGUCAUUACGUACCGUUCGAAGAAUCAUUCUGUCUGGUACUCCUAUUCAGAAUGAUUUGGGUGAAUUCCAUGCCAUGGCGAACUUUUGUAACCCAGGGCUGCUCGAUGAUCACGCUACAUUCCGUAGAGUUUAUGAGGUUCCUAUCCUCAAAAGUAGAGCACCAGAUUGCACAGAGAAGGAACUCGAGGUUGGCGAGGCUCGGUCAGCUCAGUUGUCUUUGAUCGCGAAAAGCUUCGUAUUGCGACGGGAAGCCAGCAUUCUCAAGAAUUAUCUUCCACCAAAAUAUGAAUAUGUUGUGUUUAUCACUCCGACGCAACUGCAAUUAUCCAUAUUCUCGGCUAUCCUUAACCCCGAUAAGCUAGAUAGACUGAUUGAUGGACCGACCGCAGAGUCGCUUGCAUUGAUCAACAUGCUCACAAAAGUCAGCAAUAGUCCCGUGUUGCUCAAGGCCCAAGUAGAUAAGGCAAGAGCGACAAAUACAAAUGCAAUUCGCCGCCCAGGUAUCGAUGACGCCUUGAGUUUAUUACCUAAAAAUGUCCAAGUCGAAGACAUCUCCAUGAGCGGCAAGCUUCUGGCGUUGUCACAUCUCCUCAAGGCCAUCAAAGAGCGCACGCAAGAAAAGUGUAUCAUUGUUUCACAUUAUACAUCAACCCUCAAUUUGAUCGAAGCCUUCUGCAAGAAGAAGUCUUAUACUUACUUCCGGCUCGAUGGUCAGACACCAGCGGCGAAAAGGCAAGAAUAUGUCAACACCUUCAAUAAAUCAUCUCAGUACAGCCAUUUUCUAUUCCUGCUGAGUUCAAAGGCGGGCGGCGUCGGACUCAACCUUAUCGGCGCGUCAAGAUUAUGUUUGAUAGAUUCCGAUUGGAACCCGAGUCAUGACCUUCAGUCCAUGGCACGCAUUCAUCGCGAUGGGCAGAAACGGCCAGUUUUCAUUUAUCGAUUUCUCACUGCAGGAACAAUCGAUGAGAAAAUCUAUCAGAGGCAGGUGACCAAGAUUGGACUCAGCAACUCUCUUAUGGGUUCGGGAUCAUCCGGCUCAAAGUCAGACUCAUUUUCACGGAAAGACCUUCGGGACAUUUUCCGAGUCCAUCCUGAGACAGGCUGCAACACUCACGACCUCUUAGAUUGUGUAUGCGAUGCCGUUCCAAAGCAUUUCGAUGACAACAUGACGAGCGCCUCCGGGAACGAUAUAGAAGUAGGUGAGGAUUACGACGACGAAGAUUCAGCAGGAACCGGCUUCGUCAAUGCAUCACAAGUCAAACUUCGCCACAUCGAGAAGAUGGAUGGAGCAUACAUGAAGAAGAAACAGGCGGAGCUUGCAUCACUUGGAGAGUGGACACACAUCAAUUGCCUGCGGAGAUUAACGAGCGACAAUAUCCACGAUGUCAUUCUUCGGCAUCUCAUUCUUCCAAGUGUGAAGGAUGAUAACGAAGACCUCGCGCAGCCUAAAUCAAGGCUCGAUUCACUUUUGUCGUCUGUUGACCUAGACAACAUCACAGGCAUGGAUGAAAUAGCACAACCGUUGUCUGUUCGUGAUGUCCCUGGCGGCACCAUUUCGUUCCUUUUCGAAAAGACGUCCGUCUCCACCUUGGAAGAGAACAAUGUGGAAGAGGACUCGAUGGUUUGAUAACACUUCAUCAUUUUUCUUGAUACUUACGACCUCCAAAUUGUGCACUCUACAUACAAAAAAUUUCUAACUAGAGGAUACGGCUGUCUUCUUCCUCUUGGUCUGCAUACGGGACAAUCAAACGAACUAGACUUUAUAUACAAAAGAGAUGAUCCAGAUCACUUGCAGGAACGAGAUUGUUG